UAUUCCCACAUAAGAUGUGCACUAAUACGCUUCCAAAAUCCAAAAAACAAAAGAACAUAAAACCCAAACAACCAAAUCCAGUUAGGUGGCUUCAUUUCCAUUCUCACCUACCAACGCUUACUACUCUUCCUUUUCAGAAGCCAUUUUGAGAGAAGUGUUCAGAAAUGGGUCUGUACACGAGCGUGAUGGAAGAGAUAGCGUUUUACACGGGGCUGUCUCCCGCCGCGUUUUUCACCGUUUUGGCUAUGAUGGUCGUCGUUUACAGAACCGUGAGCGCCAUGUUUGUGUCCCCCGAAGACUACAACAAACCGCCCGUUGUUUCGGCCCGAACUCACCCCCAGUUCGAAGACCCCGAACCGCCUCGCCAACCGGUCCAGUUGGGUCAAGUAACGGACCGGGAAUUGCUAGCGUACGAUGGUUCCGACCCCAAUAAACCGCUUUUGAUGGCAAUCAGGGGUCAGAUCUUUGACGUGUCCACUGGCAGGAAUUUUUAUGGUCCCGGAGGACCUUAUGCAAUGUUUGCAGGAAAGGAGUGUAGUAGAGCCCUUGCACUUCUGUCUUUCAAACCUGAAGAAAUUAAUGGGGACCUCGAAGGUUUAGGUGAGUCAGAGUUUACAAUAUUAGAGGACUGGGAAUUUAAAUUCAUAGAAAAGUAUCCAAAGGUUGGCCUCCUCAUUCCAGAAGAAAGAGCACCAAAAAAAGAGGAACAAGUUCAAGACAGUUUGGAAAAUUCCAAUGAAUACAAGGAUGAGACAAAAUAGAAACCGUUAUAUUGUAUAGGUUGCUUGUAACCUAGGGAUUUCUAUAGGGCUUUUGAAUCACUGAUAGUUUCAAAGUACAGCUCGGUAAGUAGCACGAACACAUUGCGAGGCAUAUUUGUCCACUGGAUAGUGGUCAUGAUUUCAACAUAAACCUCUUGCAUUUGGCCAUAUUAACACAUCUCCCAAGUUCAUAUAUGUAAAUGGAUAUCGAAAAAGAAAUCUAGUUAUCAUAGCUUGUUGUACUCA